CCGCCACACUUUUCCUAAGGGAGCCCUCCCGCCGCGUUCCCUCCGGCUCCCGGAGGGACCGGCCCCGCUCCCGAGGGGAUCAGCCCCUCUGCCGGCGGGAUCAGCCCCUCUCCCCGCUCCCCGUGCCCCUGGGCUGCCGCAGGCCCCGGGCGGUGGCGGGGACGGGCGGCCUGAGGGGUGGCGGCCGGAGAGCGCUGCAGGCGCUCCCGGUACUGGGCAGGAAGGCGGGAGCGCGGCCUCGGGCAUUGAAGAUGCUCUUUGUGUACUUUGAAAAGUUAGGACUGUGCUCACAGACUGACGAUCUGCUCUGCAGAGAAGCCGGAAGAACAUCGCAGUAUCACAUCGCAGGUUUAUUUUAUGAGAUUCUGCAAGAAAGCGCUCUAAUUCUCGUUCUUCACUUCUGCCUGAAAUGGCCAAGGAAAAUUCCCCAUCACUAGCUGAAGUUGUAAAACGAGUUGCAGAGCAGCAGCAGUCACAGGCGUCAGACAUAGAAAAAAGCAAAGCAGUUCUUUUCCAACUGCAGGCAAAGUGCCAGGAACUAGAAGAAGAAAUGAAUUCUGUUCUGUUAGAAACAAAGACCACAGAAAGGGAAAUACACCUGCAAGAUGAUGCCAUAGAAGUGACAAAAUAUCAUUGUGAAAAUCUGGAGGCCCAAGUCAGAGCCCUGUAUUCUGAAAAUUUGAAAUUGAGGUGUGAUGCAGAAACAGUACAAGAGGAGUUUGAGAUGAUACUUGCAAGAAAUAAUGAAUAUCGGGAAAAAAUAAAGGAUCAUAAACAUCUCUUUUGGGAGAUGGAGAGUAAAUUGCCAAUUAUGAUUGAACUUGCUGAAAAGAAAGUGGUUGUGGAAGAAUUAAAGGCAAAGAAAGAGGAGUUAAUAUGUGAUCUGCAGAAUCCAGAAGGAUCUGUUAUAAAACAAGUGCAGGAAGAAAUCACACUUUUAAAAAGAGAAGUCACAACAUUGAAAGAUUUCAUCAAUAAAAAAAGAGAUCUGCUGGAAGAAGAGAAAAAAAAGCAUGCUAAGCUUAGAAAGGAAAUUGAGGUACAGAAUAAGAGAUAUGAUGCAAUAUUAAAACGUUUGCAUUGCCAGCUGAACAAAGUCCAUUCAAAUAAAAGACAAUGGCACUGGAACAUUCAGCAGUUGGAGAAGAAGGCCGCAGAGCUGAGAAAGUGUCUUGGAGUAGCAGAGUUACAAAACAUCAUGUAACAAACUUAACAAAGAAUAGAAUGCAUAUAGUCUUUUCCAGGCAAGGUUUUUUUUCUGGAAAUGCUAGAAAUCUUAAAUAGCCUCAUACCUGGGCCAGGCCUUGGUGAUUUAUUUCUUUUUAAAGUUUUUCUUUUGUUUUGUGGCCUAAACUAAUAGCCACAAUAAUGAGUUAGCUGUUCAGGAAUUACUUAGCUGUUCAGGAAGAAAGUUACUGACACUUCCAGAUGUUUUCAAAAUAUGUGUCAGUUUUAUCUAAAAAGUUAUUUAAAAGUCAACCAAACAAGAUUUGGGAAGUUCCUUUAUAUUUCAUUUGGUCUCUGAAGGUUGGGAUAUAUGCUGCUUUUCCUACAGAGAAAUUAAUAUUGGUAUGUAUUUUCACUCCCGAGACACCAAAGUUUUUUUAUCUUUUAUCCACAUCCCUUUUUAUUGCAACUUGCUGAGGAACUCUGAAAGAUUUGAUGGCCCGUAUUUUGCUCUGUGGGAAACUCAUAUGAAGAUGUUACAGUCUGCCAGGAUGUUUUGGCAUGGGGGCCAAAGGCUGUCCAGUUGUAAAAGGCUUUGGAAAAAGUAUGCUCCAAACUGGACUUCAAAUAAUCUGACUUCAACUGGUCUAAUAGAUGUUAGGAAAGAGGAGUGAGUAGGCACCACAUCUGGACAGCUUGUAAAAUGGAACAACUCACCCUCAAAAAACAGGAAUGCAUUAUAGAUUGAUGAUAGAGGAAUUUAUUGUUUAGAGGAUUUUAACUAGUAUCAGCCAUCUAGCAUCUAAGUGCUUAAUGAUCUGAGAUGACUCAACAUAAAUGACAAUGUAUUAAAAAUUCUUCUUAAAACAGUAGUGAGCAAUAGCCAUUUUCCUUUACUUCCUUUUUAUUUUUAUAUUGCUUGGGAUUUGAAGAAUUUACAGUACUUUCCCUACUCUUACACUUAAGGUAGUCCUUCUGCUUGAACAUAACUUGUAAUGUUUAUCUGUUCUGUGAAAGUAGCUUUUUAUUUAAGGUGUUGUCUCGAAUAAUUUAGAUUUACCUUUACUCAUGAAUAUAAAAUGAAGACUUGACUAUUUACUGUGAAAAAUGUUAAACUGCUUAUAUAUUGUUAUCUUAGGAAAGCAAGGCUUAAAAUGUAGUACCAUUAUUACCUUCAUAUAUUCAUGUAUAUUUACAUUUCCCUUAAUAUGUUAUUUCACUUAAUAUAAAGUUAUUUUAAGCAAUAUCCUGAUACAUUAAGGCUCUCUCUCAACAUUAUUAGUCUUUCAAGUCUUCUUUGCUCAGUCUUUUUCCUUUGCAAUAAUAUGAACCAGGCUGCUUUCAUUACAGCAAUAAAGUAGAAAUAAAAACCUUAAUAACCAAA